UAACUAUUUGCUAGGGUUUGCUUCUUCGGUUCUUCCUCAAAUUAAUUUUUGUCUCCAGGGAAUCGCAGGCCGCACCCAUAGCCUCCCGUCCUCCACCUUCUUUGCUACUUCCAUAGCCAUAACCUCCGUAGCCACCACCUCGCAGCCGCCGCCGCCGUAGCAUCCACCUUCGUAGCUUCUUCCUCGCAGCCACCACCUCCAUAGCCAUAACCUCCGUAGCCGCUGCCUCCGUAGCCUCCAGAACGGCCACCACCGCCUCUGCCUACUACAGUCACUGUACGGCGACCGCCUCGUCGGACGAGGUGACCUGCUAGUCUGCUACGUGCCUCUCUCUCUCUCUCUCGCGCGCGAUUUUUAUUGAAACCUCAAAAUUUUUGUUUGGAUUAGUUGUACUAGUACUAACUAGCCUAGUGGAUUCUCCUUGGACCUUACUUCUCUUUGAGGGAAGAUUGGGUAGCUCUCGGUUCUCCUUAGUGAUCCUGGGUUUUCUUGAUUUUGUCUAUUCAGGAUAAAGUUUGCAUUGAAGAGAUUGCUCGAGGAACAAGCACAGAGUGAGAGAGUUCAGCAAGAUUCAAGGCGUUAUUCACCUGAGUUUUGCUCUGGAAAUGAAGCAAAAGAACCAAUCAAAGAAUGCAAAACCACUUGAGCAGAACCCUGUGGCAGCAAACGUGAAGAAGCCCCUGCCUAUCAUAUCUUCUGCCACACCUAAGAAGCUAAAGCGUGGCAGUGAAAUCGAUGAAAUCUUUGCAGGGAAAAAGAGAAAGAAACCAGAGAAGGUUGAGGAUGUGGUUGGAGAGCCUAAAAAAAAGGCUAUGCAGAACAAAAGGAAGGAUAGCAAAGUUUGUAAAGAAAAUGGUUCGACGUCUGGUUUAAGGUCUAGGAAAAGGACGGGAGAUGGGCUUGCAAUUUAUACUGAGAAUGAAUUGGGUAUCGGCAGGGCGGAUGCCGGAGGUACUCCCCUCUGUCCGUUUGACUGCGAUUGUUGUUUUUGAUAUACAAUGUGUUGUCUAUUUGUCUUGGCUCUACAUUUUGAAAUUCAUCUUCAAUAUCAUCCCUCCACUUUCCCAUCUUUAUUUGGUGAGUUAAUUACAGCAAUGGUCCUCCGACUAUAUUGAUUUCUUCUUUCCAAUUGAGGUCCUUUUGUUAGAUUACGGUAAAGUGAACUUUAAAUGAAAGGAUAAAGUAGUCAUUCCAUUUGCCUAAUGUAUAAUUUUUCGUAUU